CUGGAUCUGAGUGAUAUCCUUCAUAACAUAAUCGAAGAAAUUGCUGUAAGAGUCUAUGCUUGGCCAAUGAAUACAGGCGCUCGAUGUAUGAAGAUUCGGCGGAGGAAGAGGUGUACGCCAUACGGACACCGCUUCAGCUUCUCUAAUCACUUUCUGCUUCAUGAGAUUGAAUUUUCGUCUCAAUCUGGGCAUCUAUGCUUACUUGAAGGUUGGUUGAUACCGAGACAAAAUUGGAUUAACAAUGGGACCAUGGUAUCACCGAUUUUAUAUGUGGUUCUGGAGGUUUCGACAGUUCAGGUCUAAGCUCUCAGCACCAGCAAAUCCAAUUUAGUCAUUUGUAUUCACUCUCCAUAAUGUAUUCAAGAGUGUGUUUGAAUUAGUCACAACCAUUUGUGUUCUUAUUUAACCGAUAUAGUUCUUAUGGGAAUCUCAUGACCAUUGAACUGAAGUUGUUACUUUCUCUUUUCAACUAUUAGGAUAUUGUCCUAAACCAAGUAUUAAUUUUUGUG